AUGGACCGCUCGACGUCUUACCUCCCUGUCGCCCACACCACAAAGGAACUGUCGAAAUGGGUAGAGGGUCAACACUCAUCACGGCGGCCGAAGAACCUUGGCUCUACGAAGGGGUCACUGUCGAAAGCGGAGGCGGAGGCACGAGAGCAGGCGAAGCGCGAGGACGCGGAGCGCUUGGCGGAACGGGAGGCUGCUCUGGCCGCUGCGGCGAGGAAGCAGGAGGAGGAGCGUGAGGCUGUUCGGGCUGCUGCUGCGAGGAAGCAGGCGGAGGAACGUGAGGCUGCUCGGGCUGCUUCUGCGAGGAAGCAGGAGGAGGAGCGUGCGGCUGCUCGGGCGGAGCGUGAGGCGUAUCUCCAAGCGGCUAGGGCGAAGCAGGGGGCGCUCCGAUCGCGGCUGAAGGAGCUGGAGCCCCGCCACCAGGACCCGCGAGCAGCCCCCGACCCCCGUCGUCGUGUUAUCAUACCCCCCCCCACGCAAUCCCAGGUGCCCCUUGGUUCCCAUAGUACCGCCUCGCCGCAUGAGAAGGAGCGGGAGAUGGCGGCUUCUCCGACGAACGAGAAGGAGCGGGAGAGGGCAGCGACUCCGGAGUUUUCGGUGACGUUGGGUCUUCCGGCCGGUGCUGAAGACGGAUCAUCGUUUGCGGCCACAUCCACGGGGUGCGAGUUCCACGUCGGAGAUACAGCGUUCCUGUCCCGCCCGCUGGAGAUGCCUGCAGAAGAAUCCGUGUUCCAGCUUUUGUUCGCUCCCCGUCGUGCCACCUUUGAUAGGGGUCCUCAAGGAACGUCGGUGGUGACACAAGAUGGAGGACUCCAGCUACCACUUGCUCGUGCUGCCUCCAACAACAACUUCAAGCACGAUCUGCAAGCCCCCCGGCAGGCCUCUUCACGCCCUGCACAUGGUUCUGGAGGGGACAAGGACUACAGUCGAUCGGCGGCUCCUGUGUCCAAGAGUUGGGAGAACCGUUGGGGUGACCGGGAUUCGACGGCCAAGAGCGGGACGGACGACCACCACCGCUCCACCCAGUCUUCGCGAGGGCGGCGCGUCGGAGAUAACAGGUGAGGGCGCGGCGUGGGGAACCAGCCCACCAGGUCUUCGCCGGCGAGGCGCCAUCGCCGGAGCAGGAGUCGGAGCGCAGAACGUCAACAGCGCACCAAUCCUUCGUCUAGGCGUGGGCGCAGCCGGAGCGGAGACCGUCGUGGGAGAAACACGCCUUCGUCUAGGCGUAGCCGCAGCCGGAGCCAGAACCGGAGCGGGGGCAACAGGAGGGCAACCAGCACUGACAGCAGUCGCGGCGGAAAAGGGGGACGGAGAUCAGGCCACGGAAACAGGCAAGUGAUGUAUGAUCGGGGUGUUUUUCGUAGCUCUGGGUUGUUGGGGGAAAGCAAGGAUGCUUCAGAAGACGGUUCACUCUGUUCUUCACCGCUUGCUCUACGCCCUCCCGCUGAUGUAGGCCAACCGACCAGGUCUUCUUUGGCUUUCAAACUUGCCAACAUGCAGCUUUGUGAACAUUCAGCCGCUGUGAAAAGCCAUGCCCCUGCCCAUGCCGUUAUGGAUAAUCCCACAUCUUCCUUGCCGUUGGACGAACGUGUUGAGUCACCACGCCAUGCUGCAUCACACGCCUCGACUUCGGCUUCCCGUACUGAAAUGCUGUUGGAACAAGUACUCACUCUCCUGCGAGCAAAUCAAGUAGUGGAUGCUGCUGCCGACGCGAAUGUACAACCUCCUGUGCCCUCCCACGCUCCUAGCGUGCCACCACCUGCCCCAUCUUCUUCCCCACCAACGCAUCUGACACCGCUGCAACACCACGCUUCGAGCUGUUCGGGAGCUCCUGUAGGGCGCGAUGUUCAUGCCGAAACCGCUGCCAGGGCCACGUCAGGAUCAUCGUCAAAAGCCACGAGGUCGGCGACAGUACCGGUCGGGCCUGCGGUGGCACCGUCAGCGUCGACAGCCCCAGCCCUGUUGCAACAGCCUUUGGUGGUAUCGCCCCCCCC